AUGGACGCUGCGCUGCUCCUCGCCUUCGGGCUGCUGGCCCAGGGUCUCAACCUGUCUACAGGGGUUCCUGGGCCCCGGAAGCCCAACACCCUGUUCCCCUGGCGCCGGACGCCCGGUUCAGGCCGUGUGCGGAGAGCCUGGGUCAUCCCUCCCAUCAGCGUGUCUGAGAACCACAAACGUAUUCCCUUCCCGCUGGUGCAGAUCAAAUCGGACAAGCAGCCGUUGGGUGGCGUCAUCUACAGCAUCCAGGGCCCAGGCGUGGACAAGGAACCUCAGGGCAUCUUCUCCAUCGACAAGUUUACUGGGAAGGUGUUCCUCAAUGCCAUGCUGGACCGUGAGAAGACUGACCAUUUCAGGCUAAGAGCCUUUGCCCUGGACCUGGGUGGAUCCACCCUGGAGGACCCCACAGACUUGGAAAUUGUGGUUGUGGAUCAGAACGACAACCGGCCAGUCUUCCAGCAAGACGUGUUCACUGGUCAUGUGCUGGAGGGCUCUGCCCCAGGCACCUUUGUGACCAGGGCCGAGGCCACGGAUGCGGAUGACCCCGACACAGACAACGCGGCUCUGCGGUACUCCAUCCUGGCACAGAGCGAACCGGAGCUCUUCAGCAUCGAUGAGCACACAGGCGAGAUCCGCACGGUGCAAGUGGGGCUGGACCGAGAGGUGGUGGCCAUGUACAACCUGAGCCUACAGGUGGCCGACAUGUCUGGGGAUGGACUCACAGCCACUGCCUUGGCCAUCAUUACCCUGGAUGACAUCAACGACAAUGCCCCAGAAUUCACCAGGGACCAGUUCUUCCUGGAGGCCACGGAGGCUGUCAGUGGUGUGGACGUGGGCCGGCUGGAAGUGCAGGAUAGGGACCUACCUGGCUCCCCCAACUGGGUAGCCAAGUUCACCAUUCUGGAGGGCGACCCUGACGGACAGUUCACCGUCCGCACCGACCCCAAGACCAACGAGGGUGUCCUGUCCGUGAUGAAGCCCCUGGACCAUGAGAGCCACGAGCACUACCGGCUCCUGGUGUCAGUAGAGAACGAGGUUCCUCUGCAGGUGACUGCCCCCAGGGCCACUCGGAGCCAAGCCAUGGUCAGCGUCCACGUGCAGGACACCAACGAGGCCCCCCUCUUCCAGGAGAACCCGCUCCGAACCAGCCUGGCUGAGGGGGCAGUCCCAGGGACCCCUGUGGCCACUUUCUCUGCCCAUGACCCUGACACCGAGCAGCUGCAGAGGCUCAGCUACACCAAGGACUAUGAUCCCGAGGACUGGCUGCAGGUGGACCAGACCACAGGCCAGAUUCAUACCCAGCGGGUGCUCAGCCCUGCCUCCCCCUUCCUCAAGGACGGCUGGUACCGAGCCAUCAUCCUGGUCAGUGACAAUGCCUCUCCACCGUGCACCGCCACCGGCACUCUGUCAGUGGAAAUUCUGGAGGUGAACGACCAUGCGCCUGUUCUGAUUCCCCCCACCGGCAGCCUGUGCAGUGAGCCAGCUCGAGGCUCCGGGCUCCUCCUGGGGGCCACGGAUGAGGACCUGCCCCCACAUGGCGCCCCCUUCCACUUCCAGCUGAGCCCCAGGAGCCCAGCGCUCGCCCAGAACUGGAGCAUCAGCCAGGUUAACGUGAGCCACGCACUCCUGCGGCUGCGCCACCGGCUCCCCGAGGGCGUGCACCACGUCAGCCUUCUGCUCCGCGACUCGGGACAGCCGCAGCAGCAGCGCGAACAACCGCUGAAUGUGAGCGUGUGCCGCUGCGCCCUCGACGGUGCCUGCCUGCCCGGAGCUGCCGCCCUGCGCUCUGGGAGCACCGGUGUCAGCCUGAGCGCGCUGGUCGUCGUGCUGGGCAGCGUCACCGUGCUUCUCCUGCUCAUCGUGCUGGUGGCUGUCCUGGCGCGAUGCCAGCGGAGGUCGCGGGACAAGGGGCUGCUGUACGGGCUCCAAGACGACCUCCGAGAUAACAUCCUGAACUACGAUGAGCAGGGUGGUGGAGAGGAGGACCAGGACGCCUAUGACCUCAGCCAGCUGCGUCACUCCACGGAGCUGGCGGCCCUAGGCGGGCCUCUGGGACGGCCACCGCUGCGCAUGGACGCCCCUUCCGGCCGCCCGCCUGGCCCACCACCCCUCCUGCUGUCCACCAGCCCCACUGACAUCGCUGGCUUCAUCCGUGACGGCUUGGAGGCUGCCGAUGGUGACCCCAGUGUGCCGCCCUAUGACACGGCCCUUAUCUACGACUACGAGGGAGAUGGCUCCGUAGCGGGGACGCUGAGCUCCAUCCUGUCCAGCCUAGGGGACGAGGACCAGGACUACGACUACCUCAGGGACUGGGGGCCCCGCUUCGCUCGGCUGGCAGACAUGUACGGGCACCAGUGA